GUGUUUUCUAAGGUGCCUUGAUUUCUUGAUAGUUUUCCUUUCCCCAUGCUAUUGAUCAUUUAGGAAAGUGAUUUGCAUACGAAAAGAACCGGGCAUACUGAGUUUGUAGAUAAGACUUCCGAGGCAGCCAAACCGAUAAGUUUAGAGGCUCCAAAAGUGGAUGAAGCUGCUACCUCAGAAGAGGCUCUCAAUGCAGAUGCAAGCCAAGAUGCAGAAAUGGUUGUUCCUGAGGUUGACAAAAAGCUUGUUGAGGAACUUGAAGCAAUGGGAUUUUCUACAGCUCGAGCAACACGUGCACUUCAUUAUUCUGGUAAUGCUAGCAUCGAGGCUGCCAUAAAUUGGAUAGUAGAGCAUGAGUCUGACCCUGACAUAGAUCAGAUGCCCUUGGUACCUGCCAAUACCAAAGUUGAGGCUCCUAAACCUUCUCUUACCCCAGAAGAACUGAAGGCUAAACAACAGGAGCUAAGGGAGAAAGCUCGCAAGAAGAAAGAAGAGGAAGAAAGGAGAAUGGAAAGAGAAAGAGAAAAGGAGAGAAUUCGCAUUGGCAAGGAGUUGCUAGAAGCAAAGAGGAUCGAAGAAGAGAAUGAGAGAAAACGGUUGCUGGCAUUGCGAAAAGCAGAAAAAGAGGAAGAGAGAAGGGCUAGAGAGAAAAUCAAGCAGAAGUUAGAAGAGGACAAGGCUGAAAGAAGGCGAAAACUUGGAUUGCCUCCGGAGGAACCUUCAGAAGCCAAACCCUCAACUGUUGUAGAGGAGAAAAAGAGUUUUCUGCCAGUUAGGCCUGCCACCAAAGCGGAACAAAUGAGAGAGUGCUUGCGUUCUCUCAAGCAGAACCACAAGGAGGACGAUACCAGAGUAAAGAAAGCAUUCCAAACCCUCCUUACUUAUGUGGGAAAUGUUGCCAGAAAUCCUGACGAGGAAAAAUUCAGAAAAAUCCGACUUAGUAACCAAACUUUUCAGGAACGAGUUGGUGCCUUGAAGGGGGGCAUUGAAUUUCUGGAGAUUUGUGGAUUUGAGAAGAUUGAUGGUGGUGAGUUUUUGUUUUUGCCCAGGGACAAAGUUGAGAUGGCAGUUCUGAAUUCAGCUGGGUCUGAACUAGACUCUGCAAUUAAGAAUCCCUUCUUUGGAGUUCUAUAGUUCAGCAACUGUUAUAUUCUGAAUCAGGCCUUACAAUUAUUAUUGUUCAAUGUUUCCAAGUCAAGUGUUUGUUCACCAAACUUGUGUUGUUUAACUUAUGCUUGUGUCGGAGAAAUUUUGGAGGUCUAUACAGAGCUGUUUAAAUUACGAGAGAAUCUUGUAUCUCUAUUCCAUGGGAUUUCGUUGGAGUAAAUUAUAAUACAAUAUAAAAUUAAAUAAGUAAUAGGCAAUUCUUACUUCCAUUUUACAC